AGGAAGUGUACCUUACGAUAGGUACGUAGGAACGGUAUGAUCCUUCAUUCCUUUCUUCGGAGCUUCGUAUCGUAACGAUUCAUCGGUACGUACGUCCGUUGCAGCAACACCACCAACAAGCUUGAGAGCUUUAGCUCGAGAGCUUGUUGUUGGUGUUGCUGAAGAAAGUACUUGUUGGGCUGACGCGGAGCUCUUCCACAUUUAUUUACGUAACCGUUGAAGCAGUUCAACAUUUUCAUGUACUCAGCAGCCAAUCGUUGAUAUGGAGGACACUGGCUGAUACGGAGGAUGCUGAUACGGAGGACGUUCACUAAUACGGAGGAGCAAGCCGCUGAUACGAUACGAGUUGCUGAUACGAUAGUACGAGUUGCUAUUGCUGAUACGAUACAAGUUGCUGAUAUGAUACGGAGGAGCGAGCCGCUGAUACGAUACAGAGGAGCGAGCCGCUGAUACGAUACGAGCUGACGAUACGAUACAGAGGAGAGAGCCACUGAUACGAUACGAGGAGUUGCUGACGACGAUACAAUACUACGGAGGAGAGAGCCGCUGAUAUGAUACGGAGCCGCUGCUAGGAUAUGAGUUACUGCUGCUGGUGUUGCUUUUUCGUGUUUUGCUUGUUUUUUUGCUUGUUUCCCCCUGCAAAUCAAUAUUUCUACGGUGUUUUCUACAUGAGUUUGUACUGGAAUAGCAAUCAAGAUCAGUUUGCUCUCAUUUUUUAGUACAGUACAGAUACUGUGUACAAUUACUGAUACUACGUAUUCACAGUAGUAGUGAAGACAGUUUUUUAGUUUGUACCUGUUGAGGUGCAAAUUCCUGGUUACAAGCGUGCACAAGGGAACCAGUGCACCUGUUUUUGUAACCAGACCCUUUUUUUUGGUAACCACACUACUAGUAGUAUCGUGUAAAAAUAUGGGCUCUCCUUAAGGAAGGGUUUGGUUACAAAAUUCUGGUUACAAAAUUCAGUCCGCGCGGUUUGUAACCAGUUGAGGUGCAUGUACUUAGGCAAAAAAUAACUAGUGUUUGUACGGCGUGAGCUUCUCAACAAAUCGUGUACCUAAAAAAUACCACGCGAGCUGAGUACAUGAAAAUGUUGAGCUGCUCAACGGCGCGGACUGAAUUUUGUAACCAGAAUUUGUAACCAAACCCUUCCUUAAGGAGAGCCCAUAUUUUUACAUGAUACUACUGCUAGUCUGGUUACAAUAUGGUUACAAAAAAACUGGGUCUGGUUACAAAAACAGGCGCACGGUGCGCCCUUGCGCGCCUGUAACCACAUGUAACCACAACAGAUACUAAAAACUGUCUUGGUUGCUCACGAUAUUCAGUACUGAAUUCAGUACUGAACACUAAUUACAGUACAAGCACUGACCAAAAUCGUGACAGUUUUCGAUGAAAACUGAUCUUUUUUGCUAUUCCAGUACAAAGCUCACGUAGAAAUACCGUAGAAAUAUCGAAAAACACACUAUUUGCAGGGGGGAACAAGCAAAACACAAAAAAAGAAACAGCAGCAGCAGACCAUGAGGACCAGAAGCAACAAAUCAACCACACCUCCGGCAAAGCCUCCGGCUAAGAAGAAGAAGGAUGACGACAGCGUCGACUGCGGCGCUUGGCCAGAAAGCAGGGAGAUGUUGAGAGAACUUUCACAGUACAGCGCACAGAAGAAAAACAAGCUGUUCUCCUCUCAGGGAACAGCAGAUCCAGCCUUGAAGGCGAUUGGUGCUGAGGUAAGUUGGCGGACAGAAGAAAACACCUGUCCUGGAAGAAAGAAGAAGAAGGCGCCGUCGGCGGUGGUGCCCAGUCAAAGAAGCGCACCAACAACAAGGAGGGAAAGAAUCCAGUUGGCGCCAGAAGAAGAAGAAACUGCAACAAAAACUAAACCAAGAAGAGUAUCUCUAGAUCAAGCAGACAAGACCACAGCAACACCAGCAGUAAAUCGAAGACCACCAAUCCGUAAUCUGUACACGAAUAACAAGAAGAAACGCACAGUAUCCUCCACGACAGCGAACAAGAAUAGCAAGAACAAAAAGAAGGCCCCAGCAGCAAACAAAAAGAAAGCUCCACCAGCAGCAGCAAUGAAGAAAAAAACAACUGCACCGGCACCAGCACUGGCGCCUCCCCCACCAGCAGCUGUUGCCGCUGCCACCACCACCGCUGCUGUCGUCGAAUCGGAAGCAGAGGGGGGGGAAUUAACACAGUUUGAAUAUGCAAAGAAGCUGAUCAACAAUCCAAACGCCUUCAACACUCUGGGAAGUGAUGAGUAUGCAACAGCUGAAUCAAGCAGCAAGGGGUAUGCAAAAAAGAGAAAAGGAUGUCUCAAUCGAUUUGUUCGUACAAUCCUUGACGCUACUGAUCCAGAAUCGAACACACCAGGAGACAAAGUGAUGUAUGAGAUGUUCACCAAGAAGGUUCCUACCAACGAUGGAUUAACUGAAGACUACUUAUUCUAUAAGAAUGUCGGAGGCAAACUGAAUGCUCUAAAGAAGACAUUGAUGAAUCAAGCCCUUAUGAUCUGGACUCUUAAUAUCAAGAACACCAUAAUUUUCAAAACGAAUUUUUUCAAACGCAGCCGUGUUUCAUCUUCGCACGAAGAUACGAUUCUCUAUUGAAAAUUAUACUUAGAAUUAGUACUAGAUUCUACACAACACCACUCAGACUCGCACCUUCCGACUAUCAGGAACCAUGACCGGGCCCACCCCAAAGGGCAAGGACCCUCCGGAUCCAACUAAGGAUCCCCCAUCCCCCCAGGGACACACCAAGCCUUUCAAGGAGCUCCCAGCUCCAUUCCAGGGGCCUCCGGCUCCUUUCAAACCCAGUACUCCACUUUUCGCCAGAUCCAAGAUCACUGCAAUGGAAGUGGUCCCCGAUCCCGAGAUCCCCACCAAUCCCGAGGUCCCCACCGCUCCCAAGGUCCCCACCGAUCCCGGCCCCCAGAGUCCUAGUGCCAAGGACCAGGAUAUCACCCAGGACACUGCUCUAUCCCCACAAGGAUCCCACCAGCCUUUCAAAAAGCAUGGCUCGAAGGUCCUCGGUCUGGAAAUGGCCCCGGUCCUUCCCCGCUACGCCCCCAAGGCCAAGGUCACACCAGCCUCCACAGCCCCUCUAAAGGGACAGGAAACGUCUAAAUCGCCUUGGGACCUCCUAGAAAGCUCUGACUCAUCUGUUGAAGUGGUGGAAAGAGCUAUGAUUCCAAAGAAGACCCCCAGGAAAGUCCUUAACACAUGCGCCGCUCGACUCCAGCGCAGGCUCUCUAGAGGCCCCGGAUUCCCCAAAGUUACAUCAAUCACUAUUACAUGUCCCUCCACUCAUGCACAUUCAUAUUCAGCCUACUAUACAACUUCACAGACAAAAACCAAAGAAAAAGCAACCAAAAACAAAAAUAAUCACACCACAACACCGGCCCCAUCCCCUCCAGCUGGAAGACGAUGUAUCGAUGUCUACUAUGGAGGAUGAAUCGAUGUCUCCGGAGCCAUCACCUCUGGAGGAAUUGCCUCCGGAUGAGUCUCAAGAUGAAUCUCCGGAUGAGUCUCCCAAUCUCCGGUUGAGUCUCCGGAUGAAUCUCCGGAGGAGUCUCCGGAGGAGUCUCCGGCUGAGGCUCCGGACGAGUCCCCGGAUGAGUCUCUGGAUGAGUCUUCUUCAGUAGCUGGAAACUGACAAGUUCCUGGUCUUAGGACCCGCUGGCCUUCAUGGGCAGCGUCAUGGCCAACCAUAGAUUCCAGCAGCGAGGACAGCACAAGCACCCUUCACCAGCAGAAAAAGAAGACAAAGCUCACCGAGGAGGCGGAGGAGGAGUCCAAUUCCUCUAGGAUGAGUGUUGAUUCAGUACCGUGUAAAAAUCACGUGCGCAAUAGGCAGUUAGUGUAGUGUUGAUAUAACAGGUGAAUACACUAUAAUAUACACU